AUGCCGCAACAAAACAAGCAGACAACACAGUCCCAGCCACAGGCACAGCCACAGCCAAAGGCACAGCCACAGCCGCAGGUGGAGCUGAUGGGUCAGCUCAAGGAGCAGCUAUUGGAGGAGUUGAAGAGAGAAAUCAAAGACGAGCUCAAGAAAGAGCUCAAGAAAGAGAUUCUGGUGGAGAAGAAAACAAACAAACAGCCAGACUGUGGCAAGCAGACCCAGUUCCCGGAGCUGGAAGAGGAAUCCCAGAAGAAAACAGAUCAGCAGGCCAAGAAGGAGAAGGAGAAGGAGAUCAAGAAGGAGCUAAAGAAGGAGCUAAAGAAGGAGCUAAAGAAGGAGAUAGUGAGCGAAAAGCAGACAGAAGCAGUAGAAGAGCAGCAGCAGCAGCAGCAGCAGCAGCAGUCGAAUAAGUUGGAUGAGUUCAUGGCGACGCUGAUCGAGAAGCUCAACAAGCAGAUCAAGGUGGACAAAUGGGCAAUGGUCGCGAGCAACAAGCAGGUGAGGGUGAAGGAGGAUCUGUUCGAUAAGAUGACCAAACGGAUACUGGAGGAGUUCGUUCUCAAGAAGAAGAAGGAGCCCCUGGGCCCGGAGCCCAAGUCUGGGGCCCUGUCCGAGAGGGUAAGGCAGCUGCAGGAGGAGAUCAACGCCAUCGGUAAGAGAAAGGAGUUCAAGGAAGCCCAGUUCGAGAAAAUCUUGGCCGGGAAAAUCAACGAGAUGAAGGCGAUCGCAAAGCAGAGCCAGAGCCAGGGCCAGAGCCAGAGCCAGAAGGAGUCGCCCACUGGGAACAACGGGCAGAAGGAGAACCAGAUCGAUAAAAAGAAGGACAAGGACAAGGAGAAGGAGAAGGAGAAGUGGCCGCUGAUCGACUACAGCAAGAGCCUGCAGAUGUCGAGCCACGAGCAGGAGAAGCUGGCCAAGAACUUGAACGACUUCAAGGAGUUCUCCAAGCGGAUUACGCAGUCCAUGGCAGAGCGGGAGUCCCGGCCAGACUGCCUGAAGGAUCUGCAGCUCCAGAAGAAAGCUCAGAUGCAGAACCUAACGAAGGACUUCCGCACUGCCAUUUCGCUGGGCAAGAAACAUAGGAAACAGAUCAGGGAGGAGAAGCAGGAUAAGCAGGAUAAGCAGGAUAAGAAGCAAGCCACCAAGCAGCCCAUUCCAGAUCGCAAGUCCCAGGAGGAUGGAACUCUAGGCGAGAAAAUCAACGAGUUCAAGGCGGCGCUCGAUUCGCUGGGCCAAUCCAUAAAUCAAAUCAAACAGAAGCUAAUUAGCGAAACGAAACAGGCCCAGGCCCAGGCCCAGACCCAGACCCAGCCCAAGGAGGAUCCUCCCAUUAACGACGGGCAGAAGCCGGCCAAGCAGGAGAAGGACGCCACCACUGGGGUCGAGCAGGCAGAGCAGAAGGACAUGUCGCAGCAGGCCAUGCAGCAGCGCAAGGCGGAGCUGCAGAACGCGACAAUGGCCGACAACAUUCACGCGAUGGUCUUCAAGGUGUCGGAGAAGUGCUUCCGCAACUGCGUCAACAGCUACACCACAUCGCUGGAGGCCCAGGAGCGCUCGUGCAUCAAUGACUGCAUGAGCACCUACAUUGACUCCUACCGCCUGGUCAAUCGCGCCUUCGUCAAGCGCAUUCACUCGGAGCACAGGAAGCGCAGUGAGCAGCGCGAGCAGCAGCAGCGCGAGCCCAAGAAGUAG